CCCUGUGUGUGGGUAGCUCAAGGCUUGCCUGCCCGAUGAGCUGCUGCGCCUCGCUCUUAGCGGGUGUCCAUGCGCACGCUCCGCUCCGCCCGCACGUGGCGAGCCGCGCGCCGGCGCCGCUCCUCGGACUUCCCGGCGCUCCCCGCAACGCGCUCUCGUCGCUGCUGCAGGACGCUGGCUACAGCGGCGUGCCGACUCGGGUGGAGGAGCUGAGCGCCGGAUUUUGCAACUGGGUAUACCUCUGUGAGUACGAGGGCCCGCCGGAGUCCAUGCCAGCAUCCUGCCAGGGCGCGGCCUCCGUGGACGGCGCCGAGGUGGGAGACGCCGACGGCACGGCGGCGGGAACGGCGGAGGAGGCGCGGCCGCCGAUGCGCAGGCGCAGGCGCGUCGCCAGCACGGCACGGACCGUGGUGGCCAAGCUCUUCUCUCCGCUCGCCAAGCUGAGGCUGACGCCCGCCAUGCGCGGCGCCGCCGACGCGAGCGCGUCGGACGAGGGCCUCGGGCCGCGCGUGCUGCGCGCGUUCCUCCGCGACUACCUCCGCUGCCUCGCCGAGGCGGACCAGCCGCCCGCGGGCCAGCGGCGGACUCGAGCGCUCGCCUUCGAGCCGCUCACCUGGCUCGAGGCGGCCGUCUUCUUCUUCUUCGCGAUGGCGACCUACCCGGCCAAGGCGCACGAGUGGCAGCCCCUCGCGCUCGACCGGUGGGAGUCGUACCUCGCCUCGGCGCACUUGGUCGAGCAGGACGGGCCCGCGACGCGAGAGCUGCUCGCCGCGAGGCAUCGGAAGCGAGCGCUGCGGAGCCGAAAGGCACCCGGAUGGGCAGACCCAGACGCGACAGGGCCGCCCUCCCCGCAGCAGCCCGAACCGAAUCGGGCAGACGCGGAGGACUGACGGGCAGGGCUUGGACGGGGCGCUUGCUCGCUGCUGGCGCUGCCGCCUGCUGUAGGCGCGCGUCGCGCGAGUCGAGAGAGCCGAGCGGCCAGGGAUGGCCUACCGGUGUGUAUACUCUACAGGUGUUCGAAGGUGUAGGAUCGGUCCUAUCUGAGAUUGCUCUCGCGUGCAUUGCCCCAUUGGACGUCCCAGUCUGGUCAGCGGCCCGAGAUUUCUUUUGACGUGGCGUCCACCCCGAUCCCCGUGUACCGAUACCAGUGACAAUCUCCGCCGCGGCGGCGAGAUCCG